UUUUUUGAUUUCCAUUGGACCUAAAGCGAGAAGUUUGCUCGAAUCUGCCACUGCAAUGUCAUUUCCAUCUCAUAUUCCAUAUUCACAGGAUCGCUGCGAGUCCUCUGUCUCGCUCACACUGUCACAUAUACUGCUGUCCAUAUGGAAGAUGGAACAGCGAGGACUCGGCUAAUCCCUUGAAACUCCAUGAACUUUGCUUUCUUUUUCUUUGCUCUCUUUAUGUGGUGGGGGAGUCCUGUGACCAUGCAGGAAUCAAAGUUAGGGGAUCAGGUAGGAGGCCGGCAGCAGCUCGCAGCCCCACCGAGCAGAUUGCCUGCUGCUGUGCUGACUGAGGACUGCUGCACACAAAGCAUGAAAAGUGUGGAUUCCGGGGGCCAAGAGCCCGCGCAGUGGGCUCUGCAAUCCCCGACCGGCCCGGGGAGAAAGGAAAGGCUCAGUCAGCAGGCCAGGGCCACUGGAGCGAUGAAAAGAUAAUUCUCCCCCCCCACCGCCGCUGGACCUCAUGCGGCGUCAAACCAUUUGUGAGCGGUGACACAGCCAGAUUGGGCCGAAAGGAUAUGAGUGGGAAACUUCAAAACCUGCUCAUGUUUCUGCGAACGUGAAAGGAUUUGUAUAACACAUUCAGAUUUGAUGGACUUUCCCAUGUUCACUCUGGACAGCCCUUUUUUUGUUGACAUGUUCAAAUAAUGAAUCUCUUAUGUGUAGGAUCCCUUUUCCCCCCCUGCUCCCGAGUCCUGUUUCUAGUCGUCGGGUAGGGAUGCUGUGCGGACCAUUCCACCGUCUGUCCCAAGCUUAUGGAGAACCGCUGACGCGCUGGCUUCCAGGAACCAGGGUGCUGAAAUGGAACAUAUAUUUUUGAUUCUUUUACUGUUUAGUAAGGCUUCAUCAGUCGGAGCUCAAUUCAAUGGAUACAACUGUGACGCCAACUUUCACAGCCGCUUCCCCGCGGAGAGGGAUAUCAGUGUGUACUGUGGGGUGCAGACCAUCACCCUCAAGAUCAAUUUCUGCCCUGUCCUCUUUUCUGGCUACACAGACACUGACCUGGCCCUCAACGGUCGCCAUGGAGACGCACAUUGCCGCGGUUUCAUCAAUAACAACACCUUCCCCACCGUAGUAAUCUUUAGUAUCAGCCUGGCGACGCUGGAGUCCUGUGGCAAUGCCUUGGUGGUCUCCACGGCUCAAGGACCCAACGCCUAUGGGAACUUGUCGCUGGUGCAGAUUGGAAACAUAUCAGGGUACAUCGACACGCCGGAUCCCCCCACUAUCAUCAGCUACCUGCCGGGUCUGCUGUACAAGUUCAGCUGCAGUUACCCGCUGGAAUACCUGGUCAACAACACACAGCUGGCCUCGUCAGCAGCUGCAAUCUCAGUGAAGGAGAGCAACGGUACCUUCAUCAGCACGUUGAACCUACUGCUUUACAAUGACUCAUCGUACGUUCAGCAGCUGUCCAUCCCCAUGGCAGGACUGACCCUGAAGACGCGGGUGUUUGCAGCUGUCAGAGCUAGUAACCUGGAUAGGAGAUGGAACGUUCUAAUGGACUACUGUUACACCACGCCCUCUGGAAACCCCAACGACGACCUCCGCUACGACCUUUUCUUUAGCUGUGAAAAAGACCCCCAGACCGCUGUCUUCGAGAAUGGGAAGAGCCAAAUGGGCCGCUUUGCCUUUGAAGUAUUCCGCUUUGUAAAGCACAAGAACCAGAAGAUGUCCACCGUCUUCCUGCACUGCGUCACCAAACUGUGUCGAGCAGACGACUGUCCGAUGCUCAUGCCAAUCUGUGGCAGUAGGAAAAAGAGAGACGUCUUAGAGGGAAAGGAAUCAAACACUGCAUCUGGGAAUGCCGUCCUGACUGCCGGGCCGAUCAUCACUCGGAGUGAUGAAACGCCAACCAACAACUCUCAAUCGGCCCAUCUGAAAUCUCCAGUGUUUCAGAUGAACACAGUGACGAGCGCUCUCAUCUCGGGCUUGAUCAUCCUGGGCGUCAUGAGUGUCUGCUUCUUCAUCUUCUCCCUCACCCUCCUCAAAGGCAAAAGCGCUCCAGUCAGCACCUUGUCUGGAGUUCGCAACCCGGCCUUCAACUGAGCACCAUGAAGCCGACUCACUGCGGACACUCUUCUACAACCGACAACGCCGAACGAUGGGCGAGCGACGCGAUGUGGUGCAUGUAGUCAUUUUUACAGGAGAAUAAAAGCUAAAUGUUGAUUUAGAGAACUGUUAACAGGUCUGUACAAUGUGCAUUAGUGUAGAAGUAAAGCUGGGAUGUUUAUAUGUUGUUCUGUACUUUGUGUUUCAACCAUGUGGCAGGCUAGGCCUCAACCUGCGUGUGAUUAUUUGUCACGCAGCUUUGACCCACAUAGCGGGGACACUCAUAACUUAAUUCAAUACCUCAGCUAUACAGCUUUCAAUUGCAGGGUGAUCAAUUACAAGAUUUACAGUACAUUAUAAUAGUGCAUAAUCUGUUGGUAAAACUCUUCCUGCUUAGAGGCUGAAAUAUAAAAGCACAAUUAAAAGUUAAAACCUUUGUUUAAGUGAUUAAGUGAACUAACAGAAAGCCUCAGGCUUGGAUGUUAAGCUUAAAGUUUUCUUGACGUAAAGUAUAUUUAUAUAAUAAUUAGCCUAUCUUUAAUUUAUUAAUAUUGCUACAUAUUAGAUAGGUAGUUUUAUGAUUAAUCAAUCGACAGGUCUGUUCUACCUAAAUAUGUUAACUCACUCACUCUUUAAAUAGUUUAUGCAAUGUGGCAGCAAUAAAACUGUUAAGUUUUACUUGUACAUGUACCCGAUGUAAUUGUGUAUAAGUUUCCCAAACUGUGUUCUUAAAAUACCAUUGAUGAUCUAUUCCUGAAAUGUACAAAUUGUGUACAAUUGUGCAUAUUGCACUUUGACUUGUGAUUAAAACUUGCUAUAUAUGGUGUCAUAUUUCUAAAC